AUGCUUCUCCGCCUAACAUUACUACUUUUACUAAGCAGCAGCACCAGCAGCACCAGCACCAGCAUUAGCAGCAAAAGGGGCCAGCCGACGAGUGGAGCAAGCAAAGGCAAUUUGAACGCGGCCUCCUGCCGGACGGAUCGAUAUUCACGCGGCCAUUUUGCCGUGCGGCCAAGAGAGCGGCAUCAGUCGCGUGAAGCCGUCUCUUGCGAAGGUCGUGGCUGA